CUCAGUUAAUUAGGUGCACCAACACCAACACAGAAGACUUCUGGAAUAGCUAACAGGAUCAUGUGGAUAUUGCGUGCUGCUUUCGACGAUGCAGAUGGCGAAGAUACUAAGGAAAAAUUAUUGUUACCUGGAGUCGAGUAUGCCUACGGGAGGAGAAGAGGGCCCGGUGAUCCUGACAACAAACUCUUUACGAAGAGCAAAGUAAUAUCUAGGACGGAAGGGUUCUUCAUUGUUUCCGAACUACCCGUGAGUGGCGUUCCUUGACGUGUCUGACGGAGAAGGGUUCUCCUUGCUCCGGCGGAAAGUCUCGGUUCCGACUCUGCGCUUACAUAUCGCAAGAGCGAGGCUAAGAAUAAG